AGACACGGGGCCUAAAAACACACACACACACACACACACAGACACACACAGACACACACAGACACACACACAGCUCGUGAUUUUCAGUGUGCACCAGGACGUGUCUCCGCGUGGAGCGUGUUGUUCUCCGGACCUGCUCAUUGUCUCAGUUUUUGGAAUGAAUGGGAAAGCCUGAGGAAAAAAGAAAACAUUUGGGAGACAUUUUCAACAACGAACUGCACUGGCAUACUUUCACCGAGAGACUUCAUUUAAACUUUAAAAUGUCACGUCAGCCCCCCACCACCCCUACACACAUGAGUGCCGUUUUCUCCUCGCGCUGGGCAGAGCGCCAUGCCUGACCGGGACAGUUCCUACCUGUCAGGUGGUGGUGGGAGUGCUGGUAAUCUGGGUGAGGAAGUAGGACCUGGGUCCGGUUUGGCAGGUGGCUCAACGGAGGGCAGAGGAGGUUCAGGAGGAAGUGUUGGAGGCAACAUCUCUGGUUCUGGGAGCAUGGGGGGAGGAGGAGCGCUUGGGAAUGGCAACAGCUGUGGGAAUGGUGGAGGUGGGGGCCAAGGUGGGGGACUGGCGUUGGACGGCGUCUGCAGAGACUUCAUACGCAAUGUCUGCAAGAGAGGGAAGCGCUGCCGGUUUAGACACCCAGACUUUAAUGAGGUGCCAGACUUGGGCGUGCAAAAGAACGAAUUCAUCUUCUGUCAUGACCACCAGAAUAAAGAGUGCAUGCGCUCCAACUGCCGCUUUGUCCAUGGCUCUAAAGAAGAUGAGGACUAUUACAAGAAAACAGGAGAGCUACCCCCCAGACUAAGAGGGAAAGUUGCAGCACGACUGGGCCUGUCCCCCAUGGAUCUCCCCCACAGCCGUGGGGAGGUCCCUAUCUGCAGAGACUUCCUGAAGGGGGAGUGCCAGAGGGGCAAUAAAUGUAAAUUUCGGCAUGUGAAAAAAGACUACGAAUAUGAGCCUUCCAGGGUUGGAGUGGGUGGUGUUGUGGGGCCAGGUGCCAGUGGAAUGGUGAAUGCUGGGGGAGGGAUAGGUGUUGGAGGAGGAGUUGCCUGCGGAGGAAUGCAAGGACUUGUAGGAGGUGGAGGUGGAAGUAAUAUGAUGGGGAUGGGCUGCCCCAGCCUGGGUGGUUGCAGAGAUCCAGGUAUCGCAGGCGUUGGGGGUGUAGGUGUAGGUGGGAUGAGUGGUUGCCUGUCCAUAAGUUCUGCAGGGCAAAGGCGAUAUGACAGGAGCUCAUGCUCAGUGUAUGACCCCCUACUUGAAAGUGGGCUCUUUGAUCCUGGCUCCCUGGAAGCCUCUAUGGACCACACAGCUCUACAGUUUAAGAGGCGGCGGUUGGAGGGCCUGCGUCUGGCAGAUGGGAGUGGAGGUGGGCACUAUGAGCUGGGAGUCCAAGCCGCGUUGCCACCACGUCCCCUGGAGUACAGGUUCCUGGAGGAGGAAAACUCCCUGCUGAGGAAGAGAGUAGAAGAGUUGAAGAAGCAGGUCUCAAAUCUCAUUGCCACCAAUGAGGUUCUCCUGGAGCAGAACGCCCAGUUCCGAAGCCAGGCCAAGGUGAUGACGCUGUCUUCCACCCCUGCACCCACUGAGCAGAGUCUGGCGCCCCCUGUGGGUGCAGUAAGCUCCUACAAUCACGGCAUCGCCCAGACUCACACCACCCUCAGCAGCGCCGGACUGCAGCCUCGUCCCGUCACCCAGCAAGACCUGGUCGCUCCUACCGGCGCCCCCGCAGCACCCCCGUCAAAUGCCGCCCCGCCCUCGGCCCCUCCGCCCCACCUCAACCCUGAGAUCACCCCCCUCUCAGCCGCCCUCGCACAGACCAUCGCUCAAGGGAUGGCACCACCUGUGUCUAUGGCACCGGUGGCUGUAUCCGUGGCACCGGUGGCAGUGUCCAUGACACAGCCUCUGCCUGGCAUCACCAUGAGUCACGCCACCACCCCGAUGGUGUCGUACCCCAUUGCGAGUCAGAGCAUGAGGAUCACCACUCUGCCUCACUAACUGCUUACAGGACUGUAGUACCCAUAAGUCAGACUGUAGCAUCCUGAACAGGGGUUUUUAACAUUGAUGCUCUUCUUUUAUGUUGUAUUAUUGAACAGUGACUGUCUGUACCUAUAACGUCUCCACCAGAGGGCAGGAUAAGGACAUCUCUCCCUCACCCUGUGUUCUGUGGCAUCAUCUCAAAUGCAUUUUUUUCCUACAGACUGACUUUACUGAUGUGUGAACAGCCUUUUGUACCAAAGGGAUCUUUUCAAACUGGCACCAAAAAAAAAAGGCAACAAAUUGUAAAUACAUGAGAUCAUCUACACUGUUUGAACCAUUUCUGCAAGACUGUCCUGCCACGCUUGUUGGGGACAGUUUGUGUUUCUAUUUUUGUGGAUUGUUAUGGUGUAAAUUAACUUUGGUACUUUGCACAUUAAAAAAACAAAACAAUAACUAACACUCAA